CCCACUGUGGCCAGGCGGAGUAACCUCCGCCCAUUACCCAGCAGGACAUGAGUUCCAGGGCCACCCCACGGCUGCUGACACUCCAGCGACACCUGGAAUCCCUGCAGGACAGUGAUAUGGAGUCUGGAAGCAGCCCACUUACCACACAUGUGCUAGACACCACAUCUGGGCUCCCAGCUGUGGGCCUCUGCCUCCGUUUGUCUCAGCUGAUGGACCUUGGCCAGCAGUGGACAGAGCUGAGGAAAAGCUCCACAGAUAUGGAUGGCCGCUGCCCAGGGCUUCUGAAGCCAGGCCAGCUGAAGCCAGGCACCUACAAGCUGUCCUUUGAUACCGGGGACUACUGGAAGAAGAGGGGGCAAGCGAGCUUCUACCCCUACGUAGAGGUUGUUUUCACCAUCUCAAAUGACAGCCAGAAGUUCCACGUGCCCCUGCUCCUGAGCCCAUGGUCAUACACCACCUACCGAGGGAGCUAGCACUGAGCCAAGCUCAACAGAGGCUACCUGUCCCUCCAACACUGAGCCAGUGGGCUUCAUGAUCAUCGUGGGGCAGAGGUCACCCACUUCUUGGGGAGGGACUGCAGUUUUCCAACAGGCAGCCAUGACUUCAGUGUCAAUAAAGUCAGUGCUGACAACUACAAAAUUAAUCCCAUUGUAG